UAAAGCUGUUGGUCCUAUAUCCCGGGUUAAGCGCCACACCGUCAGUAGAACACUGACAGCCGUCAGCAGUGAACGUGUGACUUCCCUUCCUGUGAGAAUUAAACGGCGCCAUGGCCGCUUCCAAUUGGAUUUGUGUGGUGUCGGCUUUGACCUUCGGCGUAGUUGGAAGUGUCACCUCGCAGUCAAUCAAUCUAGAGCAACACCUGCAACACUUAACGACCAUUCGCAACCCUUCAGCCUCCAGCAACACCGCCUGGUACGAAGCCAGAGAUUACAUCUCCCACCAGUUCUUUUCUUACAACCUCACCACAAAGUUCCACACCUUCAACACCUCCGUUAAUGUCAACAAUAAUGGGGGCACUACGUUUACAGGGACAAACGUCAUUGGCAUAGCGGAGGGUCCUGCAGACGGGCCUGUCCUGCUCGUAGGGGCCGAUUUUGACACUACCGUCUCACAGAAAUCUCCGCUGGAGGACAACGGAGCUGGUAUAGCCGCGCUGUUGGAGGUCGCGAGACUCUACAUGGAUCAGUAUCAUUCUAACGAGCUGAACAACGUCACUGGGACAGUUCUCUUCGUUGCCUUUGAUAUUAAUACGGUUGAAUAUGAAGGACAACCCUCUGGCAAGGCGGGAUCUUACCUUUUCCUGCACCAGUGGCUGUGGUCAUACCUCGGGCAGUCCUCUGAACGGUUCUACGGCGCAAUCAUCUUAGACUCCAUCAGCAAAUACAACAUGGAGGAGAGAUCUCAAGUGCUUCCAGACGAUUUUCAAGAUGUUUUCCCAGAGGCUUAUGGGGACAUCGUCAAUCGUACCAACAAGGGAGAUUUCCUAGCCCUCUUCACCAGGCACUCCGAGGCCAGCAGACGACUCACCGAGGCUCUUUUCGACAGUUACGAGAAGGAUCGAAAAGCCAUGAUGUUCCGCCUCCUGGAUCUGACGUUGAGAGAUGGCUCCAAAUAUGGAGAAACCUUCCGUAUGUUUGACCACCAGUCUCAGUUCCACUUCUGGACCUUCCAGCCUGCAGAUAAGCCUGUGCCCUUGCCAGCCAUCCUUUUGACUGAUACAGACGUGCACCGGAAGUCGCCUAACACCUGUAGUACGAACCCAUGUACCGCAGAAGAAUUCCUGACGCGCCCUGCCAAAGCAUUUAUUGAGAAAACGGUCGAAUCUCUGGUCCAGACACUGGCCUCUUUGCUCAUAGAAAGCCCUGAGGUCGUCACAGAUUCUGGCAUUGGCCUAGUACCUUCCAUUUCUAUCAUGGUGCUGGCUGUCUGCCUGGGGAAACUCCUGCACUAGAAUGCCAUGGAACAUCGUAGAAGUUCCGUCAUCUCUCGUCAGAAUUAACAUCUUCAGAAUAUGUUAUUGGUGUCUCGGAUGUUUAGAUUUUUUUAUCAUAGUUUGAGAAUGAUGUUACUGUAGUAAUCAGAACAUGCAUUCAAGAAACAAAUGAAACAUGGGUACGUGUCAAAAAACGUGAAUAAUAAUAUGCAUAUAACGAAUAAUCACGUCUGGGGGCCACGUAAAAUAUAGUGUGGUCAGUGUGUGUCUGUGUGUGUGUGAGAGAGAGAGAGAGUAUACGUGGAUAUAUUUUAUAUACAGCUUGGGAGCGUUGUUUAUUUGAUAACCUGUAAAAUUUGCGCGGGAAAUUCCUUGGCUUCCCAGACGGUCUGCUCUUGUGAAAUCAACUUAUUUAGAUAAAAAAAAAAGUCAUUUUCAACAGGAACUGAGAUUUACAAGAACACAAAUGUAUACCAUUAAACCCUGCCUGCAAUAAGCACAUACCUGUGUAUAUUUUACAUUAUGAAAACAGGCCUAGUUUUACUACUAUGUUUCUUAGCCAGAUUUACUUUCUUGACUGAUGAUCUGCCCAGACCAGCAGACGUUUUCAUAUUGGUCUUUCGAUUGCAUUUUGCUUUUUUAUAAAUUGUUAUAUAUUUAUUGACAUUCUUGACAGUGUAUCUCAUUAAUUUACAUUUUUAUAGAAAUAUGUUUCUAGCACCCAUUUACUUAUCAUAUUGUUCACUUCUCUUCACAAAAAAUACUUAUCAAAAUUCAGGAAACAGAAAACACUUGAAGAUUUCUAUUUACUUUCAUGCAGUACAUUCGUAACCGUCUUACCCAUUAAUCAUCAUCCCAUUACAUGCCUAGUGGACACUAAGUAACACGUAGAAUUUGAUGCAAGAAGGGAUUGCAUUAUUAUUAUUAUAUUAUUUCGUAGUUGGGAUACAUCAGCGCUUGUACAUACUGUAAGCUUAUCACCCACUAGUCCAGGGGUUCUAAGGUUAACCUUUUGAUGACUCUAGACCAACAAUGAAUUGCCCAUUAUGGUUCCAUACUCCCUUUCCUUAAGUCCUAUGUGUUGACAAUAUAAUUUAAUAUACUUAGUUUAAUACAUACUUUACGUAUGAAUAGCUAGGUAUAGAACAUACCUGAAAAUCAAAAGCAUUUAUAGUUUUAUAGUUAUUUAUUUACAAAAUGUAUACCCAUGUAUACUACACUGAUACUUUAAAAUCAAAUAUAUAUACAAAUAUCCAGAGAUCAACUCCCAUACCCCCAGCAUGUGGUUGGGGUAUGGAUAGGUACCCCCUGGUUAAGAACCCCCUGCACUAGUAUAUAAAAUGUUUCUUUUAACGAGCAACCGCAUUUUUCAUUCAUUCUUUCCUUCGCCAACAGCUGAUUUCAGUUACAGCUUCUUGUGAAAUGAAUGACAUGCUUGUGACGUAUUUUUUGUAUUAAAAGACCUAAUUAAUCUAAAAGGUA